AUGGAAGACGACAAGCAGCUCGCGUUCUUCGAGGCCUUAAGGAAACGCCAAGUGGAGAGUUUCAACCAGCAGGAGGAAGUUGCGAGGCAGCUUCGGAUCCAGGCAGAGCGGGACGAGGUGGCGAGGAUCGGGUGGAAGCGGGCGGCAAAGAAGCUUCUGGGAAGGCUCCGCGGCAGCCAGUGGGACCCCCUGCCCGGUGCUGACGUGGACUUUGCGGAUUUCUGGGCGCUGCUGCAGAUGGGGAGGGUGAAAUUCGUCAACUAUGGCGAUAACGGCCGAUUUGUGGAAGUGAUUCUCCCCCAUCCCGCCAAGGACCUGGGGCUGGAGGUGACGCGGGGAGAGGGGGCGAGGAAGAAGGGGAAUCAGGCAGCGAGGCAAGCAGCGCCAAAGGCAGCAGAAGGAGCAGCAGCAGGGGAAGCGGGAGAGGUGGCGGGUGAAGAGGCAGAGGCUGUGGGGCACAUGGGUCUCCCAGACCAGGGUCGAGGGGAGGAGGCGGGUGAAGAGGCAGAGGCCCUGGGGCACAUGGGCCUUCCAGAGCAGGUCAUAUUGCAGCUCACAGCCUCAGCAGCAGCAGAACUCUUUGGAAGACCCAUCACAGGGUGCGCCACAUGCCAGCAGACGUGCAUUCAGAAGUCUGGUCCCCCCUUACCCCCCUCCUCUCUCUCUGCUCCACCCCCUCUGCUGCUUGCUCCCCCUCUUGGUGUGUGUGCAACCCCCUUUCCCUCCCUCUCAGGUCGUGUGGUUGAAGCACAGGGUGCGGCACAUGCCAGCAGACGUGCAUUCCGAGCUCUGGUCCCUCCUCCCUUGACUCUCUGCCCCUCUCUUCGCACCUCCCUUGACUCUCUUCUCUCCAUCCCACCGUGUGUGCUGCGUGCUGUCCCCCCUCUCCCAUCAGGUCGUGUGGUUGAAGCACAGGGCAGCACAGUAGGGACUAUCCAGCUGGCUGCUACGUGGGGGAUGAGAUUGGCGUUGGCGAGUGGGCUAUAUGUGGGGCUGGAGAGGGUGCUGUUUCCGCUGUAUCAACCAACGAAGCUGGAGGAGCGCCCCAGGAGCAGUCACAGGAAGCUGACUGCUGUUCUCAACCCUGAUCUUGGCACUAUGGGGCAGAGCAGGGUGGGGGAGGGAGCGUGUGGGCUGUAUGUGGGGCUGGAGAGGGUGCUGUUUCCGCUGUACCAACCGACUAAGCUGGAGGAGCGGUCGAGGAGCAGCCACAGGAAGCUGACUGCCGUGCUGAACCCCGACCUUGGCACUAUGGGGCAGAGCAGAGCACGGUACAUUUCAGCAGAGGAGAAGACAGGAAUCACGUUUGACGAUUUUGCCGGGCAGGACUAUGUGAAGCGAGAGCUGCAGGAGGUGGUGCGGAUUCUUCGGGCAGCCAAAGAAUUUGAGGACCUGGGUGUGUACUGCCCGAAGGGCGUGCUUCUGUUCGGCCCGCCUGGAACCGGAAAAACGCUGCUGGCAAAGGCCAUUGCUGGAGAGGCAGGAGUGCCGUUCUUUUCGGUUUCUGGUGCUGAAUUUGUGGAGAUGUUUGCAGGAGUGGCAGCCUCAAGAGUAAAAGACCUGUUCUUCCGCGCUCGUCAAUUCGCCCCGGCCAUCAUCUUCAUUGAUGAGAUUGAUGCAAUCGGGUCUCUCUCUGCCUCCUGGCCCCACCCACUGUCCUCCCUGCUCCUCUUUCACCCACCAGAUGUUUGCAGGAGUAGCAGCCUCAAGAGUGAAAGACCUGGCAACAUCGAGCGGGAGCAGGGGCUGAUUCAAAUUCUUACAGAGCUGGACGGGUUUCAGGAGAACCAGGCCAAGGUGCUGGUCAUCGGUGCCACCAACCGACUUGACAUGCUCGACCCUGCUCUGCUGCGCAAGGGGCGGUUUGACACGGUGCUGGUCAUUGGUGCCACUAACCGACUGGACAUGCUCGACCCUGCGCUACUGCGCAAGGGGCGCCUUAUGCAAUGCACUCGACCACCCCUCCGCAAGGGGCGGUUUGACAAGGUGGUGCUGGUCAUCGGCGCCACCAACCGUCUUGGCAUGCUGGACCCUGCUCUGCUGCGGUGUAUGCACGCAUCCCCUCUGUGUCACCCCCCACCCAGCCACCUACCCUUUUCUACCCACUCUCCUCCCCUCCAGGUGCUGGUCAUCGGCGCCACCAACCGUCUAGACAUGCUCGACCCUGCGUUGCUGCGCAAGGGGCGGUUUGACAAGGUGGUGCGCGUGGGUCUGCCAACCGAGGAGGGGCGGUUCUCCGUGCUCAAGUUCGACAAGGUGGUGCGCGUGGGACUGCCCACAGAAGAAGGACGAUUCUCAGUGCUCAAGGGCUGCUUUGCCCUAUUUUACGCCUUCCUCAAACAAGGGGCGGUUCGACAAGGUGGUGCGCGCGGGUCUGGUCUGCCCACAGAGGAGGGGCGAUUCUCAGUGCUCAAAGAGAAAGCUGUUCCGUGGCUGGUUUCUGCAAGGUGGUGUGCGUGGGGCUGCCACGGAGGAGGGACAGUUCUCCCCCGUCUCUCCCCACUUCUUCCUCUCUCCACACCCUCCCACCGCCUCCCCUCCCCUUGUUCUCCUUAUUACUGCUUCCCUUAUAUCCCCACCGUUGCCUUCCCCGUUAAGGUCCACGCGCGCAACAAGGCGUUCAAGCCGGAAGAGGAGAAGCUGAAACUCUCUCCCCCCCUCCCCCCUCCUCCUCCCCCUUGCCCCUCUCUGAUAUUCUGUCAACUUUAUCCCCGUUAUUCCGCAGCCACAUCUGCUGCUGGACCGGGCUUAAGAAUGCUCUUCCUGAGGAAGAUAGCCGCUGCUACACCCGACUACAGUGGAGCGGAGCUUAUGAACAUCCUCAAUGAAGCGGCUAUUCUAGCCAUCCGCAAGGAUAAGGAUGAGAUUGAAAGGGAGGAGCUGCUUCAAGCCAUUGACCGGCAAGCGGGCGAGUUCAAGACGGGAGAGGAGGACGUGUUGGACAGCAGGGAGGUGCGCAUGAGAGCGGCUUACCGUGAGGCCUCCAUUGCUGUGUUGGAGUGCGCCCUGCCAGACAGAUCAGGCCCGAUCAAGAGGACCUCUCUGGACAACGUCGACCCUCUCCCCAACAUGGAGCACGAGAGGGUGCGCCACCGCUGCUUCGCAGUCAAGCAGGACAUGCUCGACGCUAUCGUGCGCGCCUUCGCACCCGCCAUUAUGGAGCGCAUGGUGUUUGGAGCGGCCAAUGUGAGCUGGCAAGCAGGGGUGGCGUACAGAGAGGCGGUUCAACUGGCAGACUAUGUCAUCCUGAGGAGCGGCAUGAGCGCCCUGGGGAAGGUGGUUUACGAGACACAGAAGGACCUCAUGCCGCAUCUCAUUCCCAAGGUCAUCGCUCUAAGGGAAGAGUACAUGCGCUACUCCAAGGCGAAAUGCGAGGCUGUUCUUAAGGAGUACAGAUCGGCUGUAGACACCAUCGCAGAGCGUCUGUUGGAGGAGGGCGAGGUGACAGGAGACGCCAUUCACAGGAUCUAUGAUGCUGCUCCCAAGUUUCCCCAGCCCCCAGUGCGACCUAUCGAUGAGUAUGCAGUGCUGGUCCACAAUGGCAGCCCCCAGUGCGACCUAUCGAUGAGUAUGCAGUGUUGGUCCACCAGGGCAGUGCGACCUAUCGAUGAGUAUGCAGUGUUGGUCCACCAGGGCAGCCCCCAGUGCGACCUAUCGAUGAUGCGACCUAUCGAUGAGUAUGCAGUGUUGGUCCACCAGGGCAGCCCCCAGUGCGACCUAUCGAUGAUGCGACCUAUCGAUGAGUAUGCAGUGUUGGCCCACCAGGGCAGCCCCCAGUGCGACCUAUCGAUGAGUAUGCAGUGUUGGUCCACCAGGGCAGUGCGACCUAUCGAUGAGUAUGCAGUGUUGGUCCACCAGGGCAGGUGGGGCAUUCACGGCGCCUCCCUGCCCGGGCGAGCCACCUUCCACCCGGGCCACUCCGGCUACGCCACCUUUGGGGCGCCGCGGCCGCAGCAGGUGCAGGCGGUGAGCGAUGAGACGUGGCGGGUGGUGGAGGGGAUGUGGAGGGAGCGAAUCGCAGAGCUGCGGCAGAUGGAUGAGGAGGAUGAGGAGGAGCGCGAGCAGCAGCUGCUGCUGCCCGAUCUGGUGCUGCCGCAGCAGGUGCAGGCUGUGAGUGACGAGACGUGGAGGGUGGUGGAGGGGAUGUGGAGGGAGAAAAUUGCGGAGCUGCGGCAGAUGGAUGAGGAGGAUGAGGAGGAGCGGGAGCAGCAGCUGCUGCUGCCAGACCUUGUGCUGUAG